AAUCCUAUCAUGUGUCCCGCACGUACUACGGAUGGUCGAGAUGUCAUGAUACGGCUCGUCUGCAUAAGCGGAGAUCCCAGUCCCUCAGGAGCCCGCCAUCUUUCCAUCUUACGUCAAAUUGCGAAAGGUCAUGUCGCCUGCAUAGGGAAUAACCAUAUCGUUCCCGUUCUUCAGGAAUUGACUGAUACAGAACGCGGACUCACGUUCGUUGUGCAGCCGAAGUUGUACUGGUUGGACACGUUGCCUAACUGGUAUAGUGCACGUGAGGCGGCCGAUUUCGUCGUGCAAAUCUUCGAGGGCUUGGAGUUCUGCCACAAGCGUCUCAUUGCACAUCUCGAUAUAGGCUACGACAACCUUCUGGUCAACUUCCGCGGCGGUCCCCAAUAUCCACCGCCCACUAAUACUUCAUCAGAGACCUGGCCAUUUCGCUCCCAUUUCCCUAUUCGUUACUACCUCAACGACUUCGAAAUCGGGCUCUCAUUUGACGAGAACUCCGAUCCAUCGUCCAGGACGACGACAGGCUUCCCUCAUACCGUGUCGGGCAGAAAAGGCCCAUACGGGCGAGCUCCGGCCCCAGAGAUGCUGAAACAGGAUGUACCUCACUGUCCGUUCCGUCUUGAUGUUUGGCAGGUUGGCAUAAUGAUGAAGGAAAAGGCUCGGUUUGAGGACAUAGGCGGGCUGCCUGAGUAUCAAGGCCUGUUUGACGAGAUGAUGGCUGAGGACCCGCUCGCUCGUCCUACGAUGAGUGAAGCCUUGCGUAGAGCGCGCGAGCUCAGAUUAACGCUUCCGCAGGUCAUUUAGUUUUUCGCUCUACCUUUAUCGCUGGUGGAUGUGUACAUUGAAUUACGUAGACUGGUGCAGGUUCUAUGACAGCCGCACGAAUGGCUCGGGCUCCC